GCGACUUAAAAAUAUUUUUAAGCGUAAAUGGUCGAUAAUACUUAUCGAAACAAUCGAUAGCUUGACAUUUUUGUUGGUGCAGCUUUACAAACAUUGACAUCAUGGCUGGCUUGUUCGACUCGGCGCAUACCGAAGGCCCCGGUUUCGUGGGCAUACGUUUCUGCCAGGAAUGUAACAACAUGUUAUAUCCCAAGGAGGACAAGGAUAACAAAAUACUGAUGUAUGCGUGUCGCAAUUGUGACUACAAACAGGAGGCCGACUCCAACUGUAUAUAUGUAAACAAAAUUAUGCACGAAAUCGACGAGCUGACACACAUUGUACCGGAUGUCAUAUCAGAUCCCACGCUGCCGCGCACCGAAGAUCACGCAUGCCCAAAAUGCUCACAUCGCGAGGCGGUCUUCUUUCAGGCGCAAACCCGACGCGCCGAGGAAGAGAUGCGACUGUACUAUGUGUGCACCAAUCAAAAUUGCACCCACCGCUGGACCGAAUAACAUCGGACUCUGUUUACCGGCUUAUUUCACACAAUUGUGCAAAUUGCGCUUAGUCUUAAAGUACAUAAUAAAUUU